ACCCCUCUAGUCUACCCCAUUCUCACCCUCUCCCUUACAUACCGGUGUGAUACCAUGAACCGCCAUGCGCCGACCAAAAACCCUUACAGGAAUUAAGCGAACCACGAUUCUCUUCCCCCUCCUUGAACCUUAGCUGCCUCUAGUACUUUUACCGAGCUCUUCCCCUCCUCUCUCCCUCUAUCCCCACUUUUGCUUUUACUCCCUUCCCAUCUUCCGUUAUUCAUAGGGUUUAGGUUAUUUUCGGGUCUGCUCGGAAAACGUUGGCCCGCCCAACCACAAAGGCAUAGCACCCCCCGCACCUCACGGUCAGUCACCUCCGGUGGCGGAGGUUUCCUGCUAGGAUAGAUUUGUCUGCCUUGCGGCGGCUACGGAAUUUACGCUACCCUACUCUGCUCUACUUGGGUAGAAUAUUUCUCUCUUUUCGCUUUCCCUCACCGCGGAGAGAGGCUACCGUGGUUGAAACAAAUAUCAGGCCAACCACUCCUUGAGCAGGUAAUGUCGGGAAAAGCCAAAAAAGAAGAAGUCGUGAAAUUCACCAUCCAGCAAUACCGAAACCCUGCUGUUACGGAAGAAGAAUUCCACAAGUACUGGAGCGAGAAGCACGCUGUGCUGGCAAGUUCCUGGCUGGUUCGCCAUGGGAUUCUGAAAUACGCCCAGGUAACACCUCACUCCCCCGCCUCCCUAAAGUAGCUGACAAUUAAUAGUACCACGCAACAACCAAAACCCGCGCCCUCGUGACCCCCAUGGCCGCAUCCCGUGGCUGGAAAAUCGCGGACUUCGAUGGGCAGGUGGAAAUCCUCUGCCGCUCUUUCGAGGAUGUACUAAUUGCCUGCGCGGAUCCGGAAUAUCCGGGCAAGAUCGGCCGGGACGAGAAGAAGUUUAUUGACCAUUCACGGAGUGUGGCAAGUGUGGGGUGGGAGGAGGUGUAUGUUGAGGAUGGGAGGGUUGUUGAUUCGCGGGAGAAGGAGAAUGCGGGAGGGGAAGGAGUCAUGGCAGUGAAGGAAGUGGGGCUUUCGCCUGAAGAGUUGGUUUGCAGAAUGGCCUGUGGGCUAUAUUAUUCUUUUGUGCUGGUGAUUUUCUGCUGGCAGGUUCUGGGUAGGGGGGGGGGCGAGGCUGGAGCAGUAGGCUGAUGGUUUAGUUAGUGUGGAGAAGUGGGGCGGUCUACGGGAGCAGGUAUGCAGGUAGUACAAGAUAGGAAUUGACAAGGCAUGGCAUAGGCUUCUCUCUCUCUCCCCCUUCCCUUUUUUUUUUAGCUUGCUUGAUGAGAAUUUCUGCUUCCCUUCCUCUUUUUUCCUUAUAUAUAAAUUGUGUUUUUUUUACACCUCUUUUAUUGCGUUGUGUUUGGGCAGCACAGACACCCCACCGGGGACGUAACCAUACUGACAUACAAUACCCUACGGGCUGAAAUAUCCCUUACAUAACCUUCGCCCAUGUAUAAUCCUCUCCCCUUCGUAUUCCCUUUUAAAGAAUUAUUAGAACAUACCCCCGUAAUUACCACCG